AUGAGGGAGACAUGUGUGUGGUUGUGUUUCCUUGCUCUCUCUGUUGCCAGCGUCAUCGAUGUCCAAGCCAGACUGGUUCACAACCACGUCAGCAGCAUCUGCAGCACAUGGGGCCGAGAGCACUUCAAGACGUUUGACGGUGAUGUGUACCAGUUCCCUGGUAUGUGUGAGUACAACCUGGUGUCCGAUUGCCACGAGUCCUACCAGGAGUUCUCCGUGCACAUGAAGAGGAAGGACACAGACGGAAACCCUGCAGUCAGUCACGUGGUGGUCACCAUCAACGACCUUUUGUUCUACCUCACCAAGAACAUGAUCACUGUGAAUGACCUCCCUGUUAAAACGCCAUAUUACAAUGGAGGGGUACAGUUGGAAAAGAAUGCGGUUUACAUCAAGCUCCAAUCUAAAGUUGGCAUCACUGUCAUGUGGAACGGUGACGAUGCAGUCAUGGUGGAACUGGAUGCUGAUUAUGUGAAUCGUACUUGUGGACUUUGUGGAGACUUCAAUGGUGUUUCUGUCCACAAUGAGUUCAUUCAUAAUGGUCGCAAAAUCAGCCCCGUUGAGUUUGGAAACAGACAGAAAGUACAUCGUCCAAACGAUGAAUGCGAGGACCCCUCUGAGGAGGAGGAGGAGGAGGAAUCACUGGAGGCUGUGCUGGAUUCAUGCAAGGAGUUUCAAACCACCUGUAACCAGAUGCUGCGUUCAGAGCCCUGGAGCUCCUGCACCAAACGGAUUAGCCCUGAACCUUACAUCCAGGCCUGUGUGCAGGACAUGUGUGGCUGUGCCAACAGUACAGAUUACUUUUGUGUGUGCAGCACGCUGUCUGAGUUCUCUCGACAGUGUUCCCACGCAGGAGGGCAGCCCCCCAACUGGAGGACGCCUCAGUUCUGUGCUAAACAGUGCCCAUACAACAUGAUUUAUGAAGAGAGCGGUUCCCCUUGCAUGGAUACAUGCGCACUUCCAGACACAAGUUCACUGUGUGAGGACCACAAGAUGGACGGCUGCUUCUGUCCUCCAGGAACUGUAUUUGAUGAUAUUUCCAUGAGAGGGUGUAUUACUCAAUCUCAAUGUCAGUGCAAACACAACAAAAUCUAUAACUCUGGGGAGGUCUACCGGCAGGACAGGGAGGAAUGUACAUGCGUUGAGGGUAGAUGGACUUGUCAGAGCCUUCAAACACCUGCUACGUGUGCAAUUGAAGAGGGUUCACACGUAACUACCUUUGACGGGAAAGCCUUCACCUUCCACGGAGACUGUUACUACACUCUAGCCAAAGAUCAAGCAAGUCCAAAGUUCACCAUCCUGGUUCAGUUGGUUCCUUGUGUAAAUCAAGAAUUUGACACUUGUCUUAAGAGCCUUAAAAUCCUGCUGAACAAUGACAGAAACAAUGCUUUAAUGUUCACUUCCGAUGGCACAGUGAAGCUGAACAUGCAGCCCAUCAGUUUACCGUACCACUCAGGUGACAUCAACAUAUUCCAUGCUUCAUCCUUUCACAUCUUGCUCCAGACCAGUUUUGGAUUGCAGAUUCAGAUCCAGCAUGUGCCUGUUAUGCAAAUCUAUGUCAGCCUGGAACAAAGCUACAGAGCAAAGACACGGGGUUUAUGUGGGAACUACAACAUGGUGCUGUCUGAUGACAUGAAGACUCCUCAGGGGAUCGUGGAGGGAACAGCAGUAACCUUCAGUAACUCCUGGAAGGCUAACCUCAUGUGUCGAGAUAGAGACGAAAGACUUGAGGACCCCUGUUCCCUCAGUGUGGAAAACGAGUUGUAUGCUAAACACUGGUGUGCCUUGCUACUGAGUCCAGACAGCAACUUUACGCAGUGCCAUUCAGUGUUGGAUCCUGAGAAAUACUACAAGCGAUGUACUUACGCGAGCUGUAACUGUGAGAAGAAUGAGGACUGCUUGUGUGCCGUCUUCUCGUCCUACGCUCGGGCUUGUGCAUCGAAGGGAGUGUUCUUGACAGACUGGAGAGAGAAUGUGUGCGAUAAACACACGAGGAGCUGCCCAGCAUCUCAGAUCUUCUCUUACAAGCAUCAGAGAUGCCAGUUGACUUGCAGAUCUCUGGGCACAAUGCAGCAAAGUUGCACUUCUGACUUCUUGCCUGUGGAUGGCUGCUCCUGCUCUGAGGGUCUCUACCUAAAUGAAAAUAACAUCUGCGUUCCCAUGGCAAAAUGUCCCUGCUACCAUAAUGAAGUCUACGUCAAGUCAGGAAAGUCCAUCAGCAUUAAAGAGGAGCACUGCGAUGAUUGUGACUUCACAGAGUGUGAAUCUGGCUGCCGGUGUCCAGAUGGCCUCCUUGAAGAUGGCAAAGGUUCCUGUGUGAAAGAAAAUGAAUGUCCAUGUCAACACAAUAAGGAGAUUUAUGCCCAUGGAUCCCAAAUCCCUGACCAGUGCAACAUCUGUACCUGCAAAAGUGGAAGCUGGGAGUGCAGUAAGAAAAAAUGUCCAGGAACUUGCAUUAUUUAUGGGAGUGGUCACUACAAUACAUUUGAUCAGCAAACAUAUGGGUUUCAAGGACAUUGUGCCUAUGUUGCUGUAAAGAACAAAUGUGGCAAUAAAACAGUGCAGGACAACUUUGGAAUUAUCACAGAAAAUGUACCAUGUGGAUCUACAGGCACCACAUGCUCUAAAACUGUCAGAAUCCAGCUGGGGCGAAUGGAAGUCAAACUGUCAAAGGGUAAAUACGAAGAGGUCAACGUGGGAAAUGGUGCUGAGAUUCCAUACAGAAUAAGGAAGGUUGGCAUGUACGUGGUGCUAGAAUCUGCCAUUGGUCUGGUAGUGAUGUGGGAUGGCAAAACUACUGUUCGCAUCAUCCUGGAACCACAGCACAGCGGAGAGGUAUGUGGCCUGUGCGGAGAUUUUAAUGGUGAUGGACAGAACGACUUCACCACCCAGGGUCAGCUGGUUGUGAGCAGUUCGUUAGAAUUUGCAAAUAGUUGGAAAGUGUCGAGCCAGUGCCAAGAUGUAGGUAUGAAUUCUGACCCUUGUGGAGUAAGACCCAAUCGACAUACCUGGGCAAAAACGAUGUGCAGCAUUAUAACUGGAAAUACGUUCAAAGACUGCCACAAUAAGGUUGCUCCACUCCCAUUUUAUGAAAACUGUGUAAAAGACUCAUGUGCCUGCGACACUGGUGGCGACUGCGAGUGUUUAUGCUCAGCAGUCGCAGCUUAUGCUCAAGCUUGUAAUGCAGCUUCUGUCUGUGUGGCAUGGAGAACACCAGACAUCUGUCCUGUGUUUUGCGAUUACUAUAAUAACCCAGAUGAAUGCAAGUGGCACUACAACCCCUGCCACAAACCUUGCUACAAGACUUGUUUGAAUCCGGAAGAAAUGUGUAGUGAACCUUUACCCAACCUGGAAGUUAUAUUUGAAGAUGAAGCUUGCAACCACACUACCACAACACCAGAACCAUCCACUACAUUUCCAACCCCAACAAUUGGACCUACUAUUACAACUCAGGAACCAACCACAACAACCCCAAGACCUACAACAACAACAACUGAACCUACUACUACAACCCAGGAGCCAACAACAACAACUGCACCUACUACUACAACACAGGAGCCUACCACAACAACCCCAAGACCCACAACAACAACAACAACAACAACUAAACCUCCUACUACAAUUCAGGAACCAACCACAACAACACCAACUGCAUCUACUACUACAACACAGGAACCAACCACAACAACCCCAAGACCUACAACAACAACAACUGAACCUACUACUACAACUCAGGAACCAACCACAACAACCACAAGAUCUACAACAACAACAACUGAACCUACUACUACAAUUCAGGAACCAACCACAACAACUGCAUCUACUACUACAACACAGGAGCCUACCACAACAACCCCGAGACCUACAACAACAACAACUGAACCUACUACUACAAUUCAGGAACCAACCACAACAACUGCAUCUACUACUACAACACAGGAGCCUACCACAACAACCCCAAGACCUACGACGACAACAAUAACAACUGCAUCUACUACUACAACACAGGAACCAACCACAACAACCCCAAGACCUACAACAACAACAACUGAACCAACUACUACAAUUCAGGAACCAACCACAACAACCCCAAGACCUACAACAACAACAAAUGAACCUACUACUACAACUCAGGAACCAACCACAACAACAACAACAACAACAACUGCAUCUACUACUACAACACAGGAGCCUACCACAACAACCCCAAGACCUACAACAACAACAACUGAACCUACUACUACAAUUCAGGAGCCAACCACAACAACACAAUCUACAAUCCCACCAACUGGACCUACAACUACAACCCAGGAGACUUUCUCACCUGUGACUGGUCCCCCGUUGGUAACAUCAGUGCCUGCAUCAACUGCCCCUGUUAUCUCUCCCACUACACAACACGAAUCAACCAUAACAACCACAAAAUCUACAACAACAACACCUGAACCUACUACUACAACUCAGGAACCAACCACAACAACAAAAACUGCAUCUACUACUACAACACAGGAGCCUACCACAACAACCCCAAUACCUACAACAACAACAACAACUGAACCUACUACUACAACCCAGGAACCAACCACAACAACCACACAAUCUACAACCCCACCAACUGAUCUUACUACACCCUGUAGAGCCUACUACAACGACAACAACUGCAUCUACUACAACAACACAGGAGCCUACCACAACAACCCCAAGACCUACAACAACAACUGCAUCUACUACGACAACACAGGAGUCUUCCACAACAACCCCAAGACCUACAACAACAACAACAAUAACUGCAUCUACUACUACAACCCAGGAGAGCCUACUACAACAACCACAAAAUCUACAACAACAACAACACCUGAACCUACUCCUACAACUCAGGAACCAACCACAACAACAAUAACUGCAUCUACUACUACAACACAGGAGCCUACCACAACAACCCCAAGACCUACAACAACAACAACUGCAUCUACUACUACAAUUCAGGAACCAACCACAACAACUGCAUCUACUACUACAACACAGGAGCCUACCACAACAACCCCAAGACCUACAACAACAACAAAUGCACCUACUACUACAACUCAGGAACCAACCACAACAACCCCAAGACCUACAACAACAACAACUGAACCUACUACUACAAUUCAGGAGCCAACCACAACAACAACAACUGCAUCUACUACUACAACACAGGAGCCUACCACAACAACCCCAAGACAUACAACAACAACAACAAAUGAACCUACUACAACAACUCAGGAACCAACCACAACAACCCCAAGACCUACAACAACAACAACUGAAUCUACUACUACAACCAUAGAGCCAACCACAACAACACAAUCUACAAUCCCACCAACUGGACCUACAACUACAACCCAGGAGACUUUCUCACCUGUGACUGGUCCCCCGUUGCAAAAUGAGACCUUCAUAGUGUGCAACUGCACCAUGGCCAGAUGCAUUGAGAAUAAUACAAUUGAAAUAAUUCCAUAUGAAUGUCCAGCCCUUGAGAACAUCACUUGUACCAAUGGAAAGGACCCAGUUCUUGUGGAUGAUGAGUACCACUGCUGCCAGUAUUACGCUUGUGACUGUGUUUGUGAAGGCUGGGGAGAUCCUCAUUACAUCACAUUUGAUGGAUUAUACUACAGUUAUCAAGGAAACUGUACUUACAUCUUAAUGGAAGAGAUUUUACCAAAACAUCAUUUGAACAUUUAUAUUGAGAAUGUAUAUUGUGAUCCCACUGAAGAUGUUUCUUGUCCACGAUCAAUAAUUAUAUCGUACCAAUCAGAAGUUGUCACACUUAUAAAUCAUAACCUUCUUGGAGCAGCACAGUUGGAGGCACGGAACAAUGGAAUCCGUCUGAAACUACCUUAUUCACAUAAAGGUUUUAAAAUCUUGGAUUCUGGCAUUAACUUGAUUUUGGAGAUCCCUAAACUAGAAGUGGUCAUUACAUUUGGAAUAACUGGCUUUAGUGUCACCCUUCCAUAUCAAAGUUUUGGAACUAACACACAGGGCCAUUGUGGAACAUGCAAUAACAACCAGGCUGAUGACUGCAAGCUGCCGGGAGGCAAGUUAAUAGAAAAUUGUGCAGUGAUGGCCGACUAUUGGCCUGCAAAACACAUUCAUCAACCCAACUGCCAAAUACCAUCAGUACUGCCCACCAAUAUACCUGGACCUCCACCAACCUUUACUCCAUGCAAUCCAGACUCCAUAUGUCACAUGCUUAAGAGCAGUCUCUUUGCAGCGUGCCAUUCCUUUGUCUCUCCUGAGAAUUUCUACCAAGCUUGUGUUUUUGAUAGCUGCCAUGUUUCCAACCCAGCAGUGGAGUGCACAAGUUUGCAGACUUACGCUGCUGCCUGUGCUCAGGCGGGAGUUUGUCUGCAUUGGAGGAACCACACCAGCCUGUGUGCAAAUAACUGCCCAUCAAACAAAGUUUACAAGCCAUGUGGUCCUGCAGAACAACCAACCUGUGAAGACAAUCCUAAUGAAUCAACCAUGAACUACACCACUGAGGGCUGCUUUUGUCCUGAUGGAAUGAAACUCUUCAACAAAGAGUCUAUCAUAUGUGUAGAUAAGUGUGGAUGUCUGGAUCCUGAGGGCAUUCCCCGUGAGUUUAAUGAGAGGUUUGAGUACAAAUGCCAAAACUGCAUCUGUGAGGAGUACAUCAAGACUGUGACUUGCAAACCGAAGACAUGCCCAACACGACCUAUAGCAGAAUGCACUGACCCUGGGUUCGUCCUUGUCAACCAAACUAAUCCGUCAGACUCCUGCUGUUCUACCUAUGUUUGCCAAUGUCAAAGCAAUAGUUGCCCAUUCUACGACAUGAACUGUCAGGUAGGAUAUAUGCCAGUUGUCCAUGUUCCUGAGGGAAAGUGCUGUGCAGAACGUACCUGUGAGCCGAAAAGAGUUUGUGUCCACAAAAAAUCUGAAUAUCAGCCCGGCUCUUCAGUUCCUGGACCUCAAUGUCAGGAUUGUACCUGUACCACUGAGAUGGACCCCGGUUCUGGUUUAUUUAUGAUACGUUGUGAGAUUCAGAAAUGUCAACAGAACUGUGACAUGGGAUAUGAAUAUCUGGAAACAGAUUCAAAUGAAUGCUGUGGCAAGUGUGUACAGACACACUGUGUUCUCAGUUUAAAUGAUACCAAGAACCUCUUGAAGCCGAGAGAGACUUGGUCACCACCGAAGAAUAAGUGUCAGCAUUACACCUGUAUUAAGAUCGGUGAUACUUUCACAACAUUCAAUUCAAACAUUAUCUGCCCGCCAUAUCAGCCGAGCAACUGUCACCCAGGCACAAUUCAGACUACAGCAGAUGGCUGUUGUACAACGUGUGUGGAGAGGGAGAAGGCCUGCAAGUUAGUAUCCAUGAAAACGAGUGUUAGGCACAACAGCUGUCAGUCUGAACAGGAGGUAGAUAUACCAUAUUGUGAAGGAUCCUGCAACACUUUCACCAAGUACUCCGAUGCAGCGGCUGCUUUGCAGCAAUCUUGCUCCUGCUGUAGGGAGUCACGCUCCAGCAAUCGCACUGUUGACCUGCACUGUUGGAAUGGAGAUGUGGUUCCCUUUUCAUACACCUAUGUGGAGGACUGUGGCUGUGGCCACACAGACUGCACCAGAGCUAAUGCACAACUUCCUCGCAGGAGGCGAAGCUCAACACUGGUGUAAUAAAACAUCUGUCAUCACAUUAAUGGAUGUGGGAUGUAAAAAAUGUAUUCCCAUAUUGUUAUAACAAUCAUUAAAUCUUUUACAAAGCAAUUGCUUUUUUAGAGAGUAUCCAUAAAUGAAUCAAAUAAAAAUAUGUAACACUGUU